AUGGCGGCGGACUGCGUGACCCGCGUGUGGGCGCUGGCGAUCGCCACCGCGGCCUGCGUCGGCCUGCCCAGCGCGCUCGUCUACGCCGUCGUCCGGAUCGCCGCGGCGCGGCGGUACGGCGCCGUCUUCGCGCUGGGCCUCGUCCUCGUCUUCUGGGUCACCAUCAGCGCCGCCUACUACCCGCGCGUCUGCGCCGACCUCGUCCCCUGGCUCCGCGGCGAGCCCUCGCUGCUGGUGCCGCAGCGGUCGUCGUUUGUGACCGUCGACGUGUUUCCCCGCCCCCGGCAGGCACCGGCACCGGCCGCGGCUGCGCGCGGCGGAGGAGCACGUGUCCGCGUUGCCGAUGACGUCCUGCCGCCGUCGCCGUACCCGUACGAGCACCAGCGCGUGCCGUUGGCGCAGAGGUAUGGAGAUCGUGGUGGUGGUCGCAUGAUGGGCGCGUUUCCCUGGGAGGCACCACCCGCGCGCGGCGUAGCGCGUGCCGGUGGCGCCGAUCACGACGUCCCGCCGCCGCCGCCGCCUCUGUACCCGUCGUACCCGUGCGAGCAGCGACGCGUACCUUUGGCGCAAGCUAGUACUAGUCUCAUGAUGAUGGCCGCGCUUCCCCGGGAGCCACCGGCCGCGCGCGGCAAAGCGCGUGCCGGCGCUGAUGACGACGACGCCAUCCAGCGGCCGCCAUGCGAGGAGGAGAUUGACGGCGGGCCGUCCAAGUACUGCGCGAUCUGCUUGGCCGACGUGGACGAGGAGGAGACGGCCAAGCGGCUGCCGCUGUGCCUGCACGUGUUCCACCGCCAUUGCAUCGACCAGUGGCUGCAGGGCCACUCGACGUGCCCCAUCUGCAGGUGCAACGCCUUCCUGACUGACUCGAUCUUGAGUCUGAACCGACGGUGA